UAUAUUUAGCUCUUUGGAAGGUUACGGUUAUGUGGAAUACCAUGGUGCAAUCUAAGCGCACAGUACAUUGGGAACAAUCAGGAGAGGGUGUGCUGUAAGCUUGAAAGAAGCCAGACUGUCACCUAGUAUUGAUUAUUUCACUCCUACCGUUGUUAGAAAAGGGGGUUAACUGGCUUCGGUUUUUCUGGAGGGGGUUUCCGUCGUUCUAUUAAAGGAACUACAGUCUGGUAACUUUGGUUUGGUAAUACACAUACAGAGGCAUUUUGCGGAGAUUACAUUAAUCCAUUCUUUGGGUUUGGAGAGCUGGCUGAGGAAGGUCACAGCUGUGCUGCAGCAUAUUCAGGAUAAAGCAGAGACUUCUGGUGGACUGGGCGCUCCCAGGGAUAAUCAGGAAUCACCAGUGGACGCACCCCUCCUCUUUUCACCACUAGCACCUCUCACCAACCACCUCCUCUUCCUCACUCCAUCCCUCCCCCCACUGCUCUUUCUUCCAAAACAUCCUUGUUUAUAAACUUUGAUGGAGAAUUACACACCGGGCUGGAAAAAUGCCUGUUAUGAAAGGAUUACUAGCACCUCAGAACACCUUCUUAGAUACUAUAGCGACUAGAUUCGACGGAACACACAGCAACUUCAUUCUUGCAAAUGCUCAGGUGGCCAAAGGGUUCCCAAUAGUUUACUGUUCAGAUGGCUUCUGUGAACUCGCUGGAUUUGCACGAACUGAAGUCAUGCAGAAGAGUUGCAGCUGUAAAUUUUUAUUUGGUGCUGAAACAAAUGAACAGACAACACUUGAAAUUGAAAUGUCACUAGAGGAAAAGAGUGAAUUCAAGGGGGAAAUCAUGUUCUACAAGAAGAAUGGUACUUCAUUCUGGUGCCUAUUGGACAUAGUUCCCAUAAAGAAUGAAAAAGGUGACGUGGUCCUUUUUUUGGCUUCAUUUAAAGACAUUACUGAUACAAAAGUGAAGAUUGCCCAGGAAGAUAAAAAAGAAGAAAAAUACAGAGGAAGAGGAAAGACAGGGUCACAUUUUGAGGCUGCAAGGAGACGAAGUCGGGCUGUCCUUUAUCACAUCUCCGGUCACCUACAAAGGAGAGAAAAGAACAAAUUAAAGCUCAAUAAAAAUGUUUUUGUAGAUAAACCAGCAAUUCCUGAAUACAAAGUUUCAGAUGCAAAAAAAACAAAGUUCCUCAUUUUACAUUUUAGCACUUUCAAAGCUGCCUGGGACUGGCUUAUUUUAUUAGCAACGUUUUAUGUUGCUGUUACUGUACCUUACAAUGUAUCCUUUGUGGACAACGAUGAUCUGUCAUCAACAAGAAGCACAACUGUUAGUGAUAUUUCAGUGGAAAUUCUAUUUAUUAUAGAUAUUAUUUUAAAUUUCCGAACAACCUAUGUCAGCAAGUCUGGCCAAGUUAUAUUUAAAGCAAGAUCUAUUUGUAUCCACUAUGUAACAACUUGGUUCGUCAUUGAUUUAAUUGCUGCUCUUCCCUUUGAUCUUCUUUAUGCUUUUAAUGUCACGGUGGUUUCUCUUGUUCAUCUUUUGAAAACCAUCAGAUUGCUACGGCUUUUACGCCUUCUUCAAAAGUUGGAUCGCUAUUCCCAGCAUAGCACUAUAGUUCUUACUUUACUUAUGUCCAUGUUUGCUCUUUUGGCUCAUUGGAUGGCUUGCAUUUGGUAUGUCAUUGGCAGGAUGGAAAUGGAAGAAAACAACCCUCUCACUUGGGAUAUAGGUUGGCUUCAUGAACUGGGAAAAAGACUGGAGUCACCAUUUUAUAGCAAUAAUACACAAGGUGGUCCUACCAUCCGAAGUACAUACAUUGCAUCCCUAUAUUUUACACUCAGCAGUCUAACUAGUGUUGGAUUUGGAAAUGUUUCUGCUAACACUGAUGCAGAAAAGAUCUUCUCUAUAUGUAUUAUGUUAAUUGGAGCUUUGAUGCAUGCCUUGGUGUUUGGUAAUGUGACUGCUAUAAUCCAACGAAUGUACUCCAGAUGGUCCCUUUAUCACACAAGAACCAAGGAUCUGAAGGAUUUUAUACGGGUUCAUCACCUUCCACAACAGUUGAAACAGAGAAUGCUGGAAUAUUUCCAAACCAACUGGUCAGUUAAUAAUGGGAUUGAUUCUCAUGAGCUCCUGAAAGAAUUUCCAGAUGAACUACGUUCAGAUAUAACCAUGCACUUGAACAAGGAGAUUCUACAACUAUCACUUUUUGAGAGUGCUAGCCGCGGUUGCCUCAGGUCACUGUCUCUGCAUAUCAAAACAUCUUUUUGUGCUCCUGGAGAGUACCUACUGCGGCAGGGAGAUGCAUUGCAGGCAAUUUAUUUGGUGUGCUCCGGUUCCAUGGAAGUUCUAAAGGAUGGCAUGGUACUGGCUAUACUAGGUAAAGGAGAUUUAAUUGGAGCAAAUUUAUCGAUAAGAGAUCAAGUAAUAAAGACCAAUGCAGAUGUCAAAGCUCUGACCUACUGUGAUCUUCAAUGUAUAAUCUUAAAAGGUCUUUAUGAAGUUUUAGACUUUUACCCUGAAUAUGCACAUAAGUUUGUAGAUGACAUACAGCAAGACCUUACAUACAAUCUUCGAGAGGGCCAUGAAAGUGAUAGAAUGUCAAGACUCUCAUGCAAAUCAACUUUAUCACAGACAGAACUCAGGGGAAAUGGCAGCAUAAAUAAAAGACUAUCGUUCAUUGUGGAAGAUGAUGAUGAUGACACAGGGGAGGAUGAUCCCUCACCAAUACGUACAAGGAAUACAACAACCAAAUACAAGAAAUCUUCAAGCAGCUCUUUGGGGCUCAAUUUGAAACCAUUCUCCGGAAAUGUUCCAUUUAAGUCACCAAUGAAAUCGUCUAAUCUAAACCCUGCAAAGAUGAGGCAGGAAAACGAAUCCCAAAUUAACAGCAGAAGACGAGAAAAGAAUCUAAUGCUCCACCUUCCAGCAGUCACAAGCCUUGGUCCGCCAGAUUUAAGUCCCCGAGUUGUUGAUGGGAUCGAAGAUAAUAGCGGCAAUGAUGAAGGUCAAGCAUUUGACUUUGAAGCUUACCAGUUGAGACAACAAGCACGAAUGAAUCAAAAUGUUGAAGAAUAUACGGAAUUCAACCCAGCAAUGCUUUUUAUAACAGCAGAAGAAACCAAACAACAGAUUUCUCGACUUAACCAUGAGGUCAGUACUUUAACGCAAGAAGUUUCCCAGCUCGGCAAAGAUAUGAAGAUUGUUAUGAAUAUUUUAGAAAAUUUACUGGCAGCACAGAGACCAGUUGGAUACUAUUCAACAUAUGGCACAGUCCUAGAUGCAAUGGGAACUACGAUAGGUUCCCCUAUGGAACAAUUACAGACUAGAAUGACUUGGACAACAAAUCAACCCUACAUGCAAAGACAAGAUGAGACAUUGGUUGGAAGCCCAACUCAGCUGUGCCAAGGUACAGUUGUAUCUGACCUGUGGAACAUGGAUCCGUCUAGUGUAGGCAGCAGCCCCCAAAGAAAUGGCUCAACUGUAGAAAAUGCAUUGGAAGGGGAAUACUAUUAUACGUCAGGCCUUGGAUAUUCUCCUUCACAUUAUCAAGUUAUUCAGGCAGAGCAUUUUCCAUAUAUGAAGAGCACAUCACCUCAUUCAGACACUACAUUAACUCCUCUGCAGUCUAUUUCUGCAACACUUUCUCCAUCUAUGUGUUCAUCUUCUGAUACUUCUUUGCAACUUGUACUGCCCAGUAGAUCUGAGGAAGGCUUCAGCCAAGGAGCCAUUAGUUCACUAAGCCUUGAAAACCUACCAGGUUCUUGGGAUAUAGAAGGGACAACUGGAAUGUCCGGACAGUCUACAGAAGAUUUCCCUCAUGACAUUGUUAAAAGUACACUAGAAUAUAAAGAUGACAAAGCCAUAAAUGUAUAAUGAUAACUUAUUAUAAAUAUUCAGCAGAAACAUUGUCUCUAUCAAAUGCAUGAGACUACAAAGAAACACUAAAAAUUGGUUUAAAUAUAAUCAUGAUGGAAAAUGGAAUUUAAUCCCAAACAAGCACAGUACCGUUCCAUAUUUACCUUGAUGUGGUAGGUGGUGGGUGUGUCUUUGUUGGUUAUGUAAGCUAUUGGUCUGUGAGCUAGACUUUUGCUACAGACUGGAUAUCCUGAGGGUUAGAACAGCUGGAAGUCAUAUACAAAAGAACACAUGACCACAUAUGUCGUAGGGAUUUAUUGUAACACAAAGCAAAAGCUCUUUCGUGAGAGCUUGACUGUCAUUUGCAAAGAAUAGCACUGUCAAUGCUUGCUUCAGGUAACUAUGACUCCUGCUGGCUAUUUGUCAGUUCAGAGAAGACCUAAGGACAAUUAUCUCUGCAUGUCAUCUCCUAGACAAUCAACCAAAUAGAGUUGGUAGAUGGUGGUUAGUUGUUGCACGUUAUUUGUCAUUUUAAUGAAACCUCUUAAUUUAUUU